UGGGGAAGAGCUGGGCUUGUCAUCGGCCUUCAGACCCGAGGUAAACAUGUGGAAUGAUAUUGAACUUCUCGCAAAUGACGACACAGGGAAUGAGCAGCUCGCUGUAGGUAUAGGACACGAAUGUGGAACAGCACUGUACCAAGUGGAUACACUACUUCAAAUCACAUCUUCAGAAAAGGUCUCAGUUAAUCCUCAGCUGUAUGCAUGCAGUUCAAGGGAUGUCACUAUUACUGUUGUUGACAGAUCAGUGGCACUUCUUGACACUACUGAGCAGUCUCUUCAGAUGCACAUUCAAUUUGAUACUAAUGUGGAUGUAGUUGGUAUGUGCCAAGAAAAACAAUUUCUUGUGGUUGGUGAGAGAAGUGGCAAUUUCCAUCUUAUUCACGUACCGUCAAAGCAAACCUUGCUAACAAAGAUUUUGAUUGAAAAAUCUUCAAGUGAAAAGACUUAUUUACAUCUAUUUAUUGAAAAAGAUAAUGCAGAUGCAGGUAUUUAUCAUAUGUUCAUUCUCACAAAAAAUGGAUUCCUCUGCGUUAUGCAUCUCCCACUUGCUAAAACACAGGAAGCCAUUCACAAGAUGGAUAUGACUGCAGCAAAGGAAUUACAAGGACAGAUAAAGACAGCAUUCAUUUCCACAGAAGAGUAUCACAAUCUCGGCUGUCAGAAUUUUGUGAUAAGUAACUCAGUGAAUAAAAUGCACUUGAUAGUUGGGGGUAAAGGCGAUAAUGUACUUUCCAAGUGGCAGGUGGACACUGCCAACAAAAUGGUGUCUGUUCAAAGUUUUGCUGAUUCAAGUCUGAUCAAAGAUGCAGUGAAACUUCAAGUUCUUGACAAUCUGCUAUUUGUUUUAGAUGAAGAGAAUGUUUUAAGCGUGUGGGAUGUCUAUUCUCUUACUCUAAUUUGGGAUUGGCCUUUAGUACAUAUUGAAGAAUUUCUGCUAAGUACAGAGUCAGAUUCUCCAGUCACAUGGCAAGGGCUUGCCAACGUUAAACUGAUAGUCAUGACAGCACCAGAUAACAAACAGAUGAGAAGUCUAAUGGUUUUUGCAUUGCCCGCGAUGCAACCCCUCUAUUCAUUGGAAGUAUCUGUUGUUUCUGCACUCGUUCAAAGUGGGAUUGGCACGGAUACAAUAUACUUCAUGGAAGGAAUUCAUGAAAAACAUCAGAUAGCAUCUGAAGGCCCAGUUUCUAUUGUUGUGAUGAGAAGUUUAACUGAAGCCUUGCCUGAAAACAGACUAAGCCGUUUGCUUCACAAACAUAAAUUCACUGAAGCAGAGAAUUUUGCUAUUCAGUUUGGACUAGAUGUUGAGCUUGUCUAUAAAGUAAAAGCAAACACCAUUUUAGAGAAACUAGCUUCAGCUUCUGUUGGCAGUUAUGGUCAGGAGGUCUGGCUGGAUCUUGUCAAUGAGGCCAAAGAAAACUUGCAAAAAAUUCAGGACAGCCAGUUUGUAGUGGAUUACUGCAUAAAUGCUCCGUGGCCACUGUAUGAAACCACUCAGGAAAUGCUGAACUAUGCUAAAGUCAGAAUCUUGAAGAAAGAGGAUACAACUGUUGCUCCAUCUGAUGGGGCUCUGGUAUCUGUAACUGAGGUAUUGAGAGCUCAGGCAAAGCUUACAACUUUUUAUGGAGCUUUUGGACCAGAGAAAUUCAGUGGUAUUGCUUGGACAGAAUUCUUGAAUAAUGAAGACAUUUUCAAGAAUGUCCUUUUUCAGCUAGAAGAAGGAAAUUUUUCCUGUGCACAGUACCUCUGGCUCAGGCAUCAGGCAGAUUUUGAAAGCAGCUUUGAUGAGAAAAUGCUGGAAAACUUGAUUAAUGCCAUCCAUUUCACCAUCCCUUUGAGGGAACUGUGUUUGUGGCUUAAAAAUGUAGUGAUCCCCUUCUCAAGAAGAAUUGUGCCAAAGGGACAGAAAAUACUAGCAAAGUGGCUGGAACAAGGUGCUCGAAACCUUGAAUUAACUGAUAAGGCAAAUUGGCCAGAAAAUGGACUCCAAAUGGCAGAGGUGUUUUUCACCAGUAAAAGUCCACAUGAAAUGGGACUAACAACUUGUAACCAGUGGGUUCCUUUGAGAUGUGACUGUGAAGAGGUGUGUAGGUUAAAGAAGCUGGUAAAUGAUUUACAACAACUGAUAAAGUUGUACAGAAAAUACAACUGCAGGCUGGCACUCUGUGAUAUUGAAAAGGAAAAUGCAACUACUAUUGUGUUCCGCAUGUUUGAUAAAGUUUUGGCACCAGAGCUCGUCCCAUCCGUUCUGGAGAAGUUUAUAAAACCCUACCUCUGUGAACAUAAUCUGCAAAAGGAUGAACUUCUGCUACAGUAUAUAAAGGAUUUGCUAGAACGUUGUCGGACAUGGUCUACAUCAGUAUUUGAAACUGCAUGGGAGGCAAAGGCAAUAGCUGUCAUUGGCUGUAUCUCUGAUACAGAUGUAAAAUUUGAUGCAGUUCUUCAGAUAAUGCAUGGUGUAAUGGUACCAUGGAGUGCAGCAGUGGAGCAGCUGGUAAAACAGCAUUUGGAAAUGAAUCAUGUCAAAGUAAAGUUACUGCAGGAAAGUUAUCAACUGAUGGAGAUGAAGAAGCUUUUACGAGCUUAUGGGAUAAGAGAUACUAAUCUUUUGAAGGACAAGCAGAUGAUAAUGAGACUAGUGAAAUAUAUCCUUAAACAAGAUACCCCUACGUCUUUGGAGGAUGCUUUGAAAAUUGUAGCAACAUAUAUGUUGCCCACUGUGGAAGUCUACAUUCUGAGGAUGAUAGACCUCAUUGACAGAGAAAGGGGAGAAGAGUCUUUGACUUUAUUAAAAUCUCUGACUCUUGCUGAAGCUGAGAAAGUUGCAGAGAGAUUGACUGUAUGGGGAACACUGGUAUUGCAGAAUAGAGCAGAUAAUUCUGAAGAGCGCAAAACACAAAUGUUCAUGACCAAGACACUGGUGGAAAUCCUUAAAUUCCUGUUCAGCAUUCAGAAAGACAGUCCUCUGAAGAAAGAUGAAUGUGAAGCAAACCUAAAAACAUUUGAAACACUUGCCACAUUGCAGGAAGAUUUUGAUAUCUUUCUUUCAGUUGAAGAAUUUAGGAAUCCUUUACUGCUGUCUAGGCUUCUUGAGGAUCACAUACAAGCUUAUGAAACUGCCAGAUCUCAGUCCAAGUCUAGAAAAGCACAGACAUUUAACUGUAACUCUGAAGAUGGUAAAUCCAAAAACCAUCCUACCAAGUCAAGGUUGUACAAACUGGCUUUGCUCCUGCAAAGGUCAGAGCAAGAACUGGGAGAACAACUGGCCUUGAGGGCACUGGAUGCUGGAAAGGUUGAAGAUGCUGUAAAAAUAUGCAGGGAAUUCUAUGAAAAUCACUGUAAUGAAGAAACAGGGAAGCUGCUGUUUUCAGCAUCUCAAAGGCUUUGUCACAUGUUGGGAGCUGAUAUUUCAAUUAUCACUCCUAAUGAUAUGAAUCUUCCAGCAGUGAUCUAUGAAAUGGCUUGCCAAGCAGCUACAGUUUGUGGUCCAGAUUUACUAUUAGAUUCUCUGGAACUAUGCAAAUAUACCUUGAUUGCCAAGGAAAUUUAUAGGCAGUGCCAAAUAGAAAACUAUGGAUUUACAGCAAAGACAUCAUUAUUUGGAGGAGAUAAAGAUCCUUAUGAACAGUGGACUUUUGACGACUUCUUUAAUGAAGAUGGAAUAGUUCUUGAUCCACAGACAGCUCUUCCAGUUGUAUAUGAAACUAUUUCUUCUCUUCUGCCUGUUUAUGAGAGCAAGCUGUAUCCUUUGGACUCUACAAGCCUGGCAAACUGCACAUUUAUUAAAGGCUAUAGCCAUCUGCUGCCAGCCAGAACUCCCAUCUGUGCAAUGCUACAGAACCUGAUGGAGUGCAGUCAGUGCGAGUUAGCUUUCCGGGUAAUAGUCUGUUCCCUUGGAUCCUGCCUUCAGCAUAGCAUAACAAACAACAUGAGUUUACCCCUGAGUGAAAAGCUACAUGACAGCAAUACACUGGCUGAAAACAAAACCUUUCUCACUGCUAUACAACAGAAAUGUACUUCAGUAAUUAUGACCACUAUCCUGACCUUGCUACACAAGGUGUUCAACUGUCGUCUCAUAGACCAGAACAUGGCACUGGGAUAUUGCACUAUUUUGCCCAAGAAAGAUAUAUUCAAUAAGCUAUGGGAUGUCAUAAACAAUACAUGGCAGAACUACAGAAAAGUUUUGGCAGUAGCUCUAGUUGGAGUGCAGCUUGCUGACCAACACGGGGAAGAAGAAGAAAAAAAGAAAUUCCAAGAACUGGUUACUGAUGCAGAAUGGGGUAUCAGGCUUGGUAAAUUUGGUAUUUCUUUCGAGACUGUAUUCAGACAACCACCCAUAAUGAAGAAGGAACUCAUAAAAACACUGGUGCAAAACCCAAAAGUAAACACAGAUCUUAUACUGAGUUACUGCAGUACUUUCAUGCUGGACAGUGAUGCCGCACUGCAGCUUUGCAUUGAAACACUUCUUCUCCAGAAUGCUAAUACAAAUCAUGUUGAAGAUGACUCUGCAGAAUGCAGUAAGAGGCAACCUCAUUCCACACUGCUAGCUAGAGCACUAGAAAUAAUCCCUCUGCUAAAAAGCACGAAAGACGUGGUCACCAGCCUCAGUGGGAUAUUGUACAAGCUUGAUCCUUAUGACUAUGAAACUAUUGAAAUUGUGCUGAAAGUGGUACAAAAUGCUGAUGAAAAGAACAUCAGUAUCCAGCUAAAUCAGGGUUUGAGCCUCCUCAAACAUCUGGAAUCUUACAAACGAAUUUCUCCACCUGUGGACCUAGAACACCAGUAUGUUUUAGAGCAUGUGAUUCCCUUAUCUCCAGCUGCUCAAACCAGAUUGCCCUUUCAUCUGAUAUUCUUUAGAACUUCACAGUGUUUCUGGAACAUUAUAUCUGCGGAGCUCAGUGAGGAAACCUUCCCAACACUUCUGUUGAUUUCCAAACUAAUGCAGGUUUCACUGGAUACUUUAUACAUGUCUGCAGCUCGGCAUGUCUUUGAAAAGAAAGUGAAGCCAAAAAUACUUGAAAUGAGAAACACUGGGUAUGCAUCAGUUAUUAACAAGGAAACAGCCAAAACAGUGCUGACAAUUCAGUCAUACCUGCUGUCAAUAGUGAAUCCACAGUGGGCUGCAGCUAUUGCUCACAAGAUUGCACAAGAAUUUCCAACAGGCCCUGACCAGAUUCAGGCACUGAAAUUCUGCCUCUAUCUCGCUGAGAAAUGGCUAAAGAACACUACACCUGAGGAUGAUUCACAUGGAAAAGCAGAAGUCCUACAGAAGAAAUUAUAUAUGCAAUAUCAGCGUUCAGCAACAGAAAACGUUCUAAUAACACAUAACCUGAACACUGGAGAGCAUUUAAAGUUUAUUGGGAAACCAGCAAAUCUUAUCCUUUUACUCUAUGAACACCCCAGUAUAGACCAAAGAAUCCAAAACCCAACUGGCAGAGAUUAUCCAGAUAUCCAUACGGCAGCUAAGGAGAUAGCAGACAUUAACAAUUUGAACAUGAACAAAAUUUGGGAUAAACUCCUGGACAAAUGGCUGUGUCCAACUGCACUGCCCUCAGAAAAAACUCACGAAGCCUUUGGAGGUGUGCAGGAAGAUGAAGACCUCCGAAGAGUUAUCUAUCUCCUUCAGUCCCGCCCAAUGGAUUGUAGUUCAAGAAUGCUUUUUGCAAUUAUAACAUCUGUCACAUCUCCAAUUGGUGUCACUCAUCUGACAUUUGCUCACAGAUGCAGAGCACUGAAAUGUCUGCUUUAUCUGGCAGAUACCAACACUGUGGAAGCACUCUUUAAGAAACCCAUUGAGAAAGUCAAGUAUUUUCUCAAAUGCUGUGUUUACCUGGCAGAGUUUGAAAUCUUGAAUAUUCCAUAUACUUUUGAAUCAUUUCAUAAGAGUCCUAAGGAAGGAAUGAUUAAGGGGCUAUGGAAGAAUCACAGCCAUGAACCCACAGCUGUUAGACUGGUGACAGAACUCAGUCUAGAGUACAAAGUGUACGAUUCUCAGCUGUGGAACGGUCUACUACAGAAACUCCUUGGUUUCAACAUGAUUCAGUACCUAAGAAGAGUAUUGAUAGCAAUCACUGGGAUCCAUUCAUUAUGGGAGAUUCCCAACUUCAGUCGAGCUUGGCGAAGCGUAGUUCUAUCAGCAUUUCUCACAGCUUCAUGUCCACCAAGUCCUAAACAGUUACAGGAAUGCUGCGAGUCUUUUGUGAUUCUGCUCAAGUGUCCUGUUCUGGCAGACUUGGAUGUCAUUGGAAUAGCUAAACAAUAUGCACAGUUGGAUCUUCCAGCUUUUGCUUUGGGGUGCCUCAUGCUGAUUCCUCAGUCUGAGAAGCGGGAGCAGCAAAUCCAGGGUUUCUUAUCGACAUGUAACACAGAAGCUGUGCUGCAACAAAUAGAUGAACACAUGAAUGCUGGAGAAGUAGUGGCAUUUGCCUCUCAGAUUAGAUCUUUGGUUUUGGACAGCAUCAUAAAUGAGAAGCUCUAUGAAAAGAUUUUGAAAACCAAGUAUUUUCCACUGCUGAAGCAACAACUGAUAAAUACUCACCGAACAAAGGAACUGGUGGAAUAUUUUGCCAAAAAGAACUGCAUUGAUGAUGCCACAGCUCUCAUUCAAGAAUAUCAAGAGAAAUGUGGAAAUCCUAUGCCAUCAAAUGUACCAUCACCUGAUCUUCUGAAGAUGUAUCUGAAUGGGCCAGAGGAGACCUGUAUACUAGAACUGUCACCCAGAAGACCUUGAUGUACCUUUUUAUUUUCUCCCUCUACUGGCAAGAUGAGAGCCAAGCACUCAGAAGGCUCACCGGUCAGGUGAACAUUAACUUCAAACCUCAACACUUUAAACAAAAGCUGCCCUGAGCUUUCCACAUUUUUUAAUAACUUGUAGGCUGUUUCUUCUUCAUGCUGCAUCCCUGAUGUUUCUGAUAAAUAGCAAUGUACAUCUUCUGCACUUUGAUUUUUAGGCAGGAUUAGGGUUUAUUUCUGUACUUCUGUGUGUUUACGGCUGCUGUGAGGAGCACUCAAGAUUUCACUCACACAAACAGAACCUGGCCUGAUUAUGAUAAACUGGCUUUAAAACUGCAAGUGAUGUAUUUUAUGUAAAAUAUACUUUGUAGACAGUGUUGAUUUCACUAGAGUAAGCACAAAUAAACCUACAAUUUAGGCCUUACAGUACUCUACAAAUCUUUUCCAAUUAUGAAAUUAUCAGUAAAAUGAUGAUCCACUCACUAACA